UCUUUUCUUCUCCAUACUUCUUUCGAGCUAUCCUCGGCUUCUUCCUCUCUUUAUACCAUCCUUUCGAGUUUCUUUCCCCUUUUUGGACACGUACCAUCAAGACACUACGAUUCAACCAUGAAGUACCAGAAUUCCAUCGCCGUGACGGCUGUUCUCGCCUGGCUAGCCGCCGCCGAGGUGCCCCAGGAACACUCGCACCGCAAAUACCUGAUAGCCGUCAAUGAGCUCCUGGAACUCAACAACCCCUUCAACAUCGUCGACUCCGUCUUCGGCUUCCUCGGGAACGCGGCGGCCGCCGACGGCGCAGGCGAUGUCACCGACCUCGACUGCCUGCAGCAGAUCACCGCCGACUCGGCCUUCACCGCCGCCAAGGAGGCCGGCGAUAUAGACGGCAUGGCCAGCGCCCUCAUCUUCCGCGCCCUCGAGCGUAAUACCUUGCAGGUCGGACUGAGGAGCGUUCUUUGCAACGAGACGGCCGUCAACCCGGAGAUCGACGCCAUCUCCCAGCACCAGGACCCGGCCGCUGAGAAUGCGGCCGAGGAGAACAAGGCUAUCACCCUUGCCUUGGCUCAGCAGCUCGCCCUUAUCGGGGCUGAUCCAAUGCUCGCCCUCGAGUCGGGUACUUUCCCUCCUGGCGAGAUCGGCGACCCUACUGCUGCUGGCAACACUUGCAACGAUGAGACGGACGAUAUCGGCUGCAUCUUCACCCUAAACCUGCUGGUGCCCGAUGCUGCUCCUGGGGAGAUUGAUGCCGCAGUCGCCCAGGUCCUGGUCGAGGGCGGUGACGCGAAUGCAGGCAAUGACUUGGACUUGGUGGAAAGCCUCAUUCCCAUCUGCCAGGCUAUCGGAGUAGAUGUCGGCGCCGGUCAGCAAGAAGAAGAAGAAGAAGAAGAAGAAGAAGAAGAAGAGGUCGAGGAAGAGGUCGAGGAAGAGGUCCCCACCGGCACCGGCGUAAACAUCCAGACCUUCACAGGCGCCCUCGGCGGCCCCGCCCCGCCCGUCAUCUCCUCGGCCGCGAACGCAGACCGCCCCUUCGAGGUCAACGGCAACACCUUCCAAAACGCCGCCGCCGCCCUCUCCCGGUCCUGCGCCAUCCAGAACAACGCCUGCUUCAACGCCGCCAACGCCGGCCGGCUGGCCGAGGGCACCGCCGCCUGCGCCGCCCAGGAAGACGCCUGUCUCGCCGCCGCCUCGCUGCGCAAGAUGCGCCGCAACGCCCGCGCCGUCACCUAUUCCCCCAACGGCCGCUUCCGCUUCGCCCGCGCCGAACCCCGUCUGGCCAGGCGCCAGGCCCUCGACUUUGGCUCCUGCUUGGAUCCCAGCAUCCGCUUCGUGGAGGGCCUCGACGGUCGCGCUGAGGCUAGCUUCGGCCCCGCUGGUGACUUUGACCACGGCUCUGCGCUCAAUGUGGAUAUUAUUACCAGCUUUAUUUGCGGACAGCUUGCGAGCCGCUGUGGUGCCGAUGCUGCUGCUGUUGAGGCUUGUGAAGAUGGUUCGGCCGACGCGAGUGGUCUGGAGGGACAGGCUGCUGCUGAUGCCUUCAAUGCUGCUCUCGGUGUAUGAUAAAUCUAGGAAUGGCACGAGUCUGGGGAUGAGAGAGGAAGAAACAUGGGGAGUA